UUGGGAACUCUGCUCACAUUGUGGGAUUGGAUAGACACAGAAUUCCCGUUCUAGAAGUAGUUAGUACUUUUCGUACGAAACCCGCAGUGAUCGGGCCGCGCGGCUUUUUUAAGUGAGAAGGCGAGCUAAAAUCGUCGUUGCCGUCGAGUAGCACGUUCUUUUUCCAUAAACUCAAUCCGGUAAUGGCAAAUUUGGAGGAACCACAAGGUGUUACCAAACCCUCAAGCAUUGGAGCUGAUACACUCAAGAGGCGCGAGGACACAGGAGAAGCAUCCUUAUGGAGAAAACAAAAAAGGAUCACGUUUCAAGGAGAUACCGUAAAUGGGGCACUUGCAAGCCGGGGUUGGAAUUAUCAGUCACUUGGUAAUGCUCGCGAUGCUUGGUGUUUGGUAAAUCGUCAUUAUAGCUCCCAUUGCAAUGAUAAGUGCACAGGGGAGCUUUCUAAUAAGUUUCUAAGAAGUAUUCCAGAAUAUAUAAAGAUAGUGGAAGUUGGUCCUAGGGAUGGACUGCAAAAUGAGAAGCAAAUCGUGCCUACUUCUGUAAAGGUCAAGUUGAUAAAAAUGCUAGUUUCCUCAGGGUUGCCCAUUGUCGAGGCCACGAGUUUUGUUUCACCGAAAUGGGUACCACAGCUAGCAGAUGCCAAGGAUGUAACGGAAGCAAUUCGGAAUGUUGAAGGGGCUAGAUUUCCUGUCUUAACUCCUAAUGUUAAAGGUUUUGAAGCAGCUGUUGCAGCUGGAGCCAAGGAAGUGGCCAUCUUUGCCGCAGCAUCUGAAUCUUUUUCAAAAUCCAAUAUCAACUGUAGCAUCGAAGAGAGUCUUACUCGUUACCGCGAUGUUGUCCUCGCUGCUGGCAAGCUCUCAUUUCCUGUUCGUGGAUAUAUAUCAUGUGUUGUGGGGUGUCCAAUGGAAGGAAUGGUAGCUCCAGCUAAAGUAGCAUAUGUGGCUAGAGAACUUUAUGAUAUGGGUUGCUCUGAAAUAUCACUUGGUGAUACAAUCGGUGUUGGUACCCCAGGUACUGUCAUUCCAAUGCUUGAAGCUGUUAUGGGUUUUGUCCCAGUUGAUAAACUUGCUGUCCACUUUCAUGACACUUAUGGCCAAGCUCUGUCAAAUAUACUCGUAUCCCUCCAGAUGGGGAUCAGCACAGUCGAUUCAUCAGUUUCUGGUCUUGGGGGCUGCCCAUAUGCCAAGGGUGCAUCUGGAAAUGUUGCAACUGAGGAUGUUGUGUACAUGCUAGAUGGGCUCGGUGUGAAGACAAGUGUGAAUCUUGGUAAGCUCAUGUUGGCUGGGGAAUUUAUCUCUAAGCAUCUGGGACGCCCAUCUGGCUCAAAGACCGCAAUUGCCUUGAGUAAAGUCACAGCUCGCGCCUCCAAGCUAUGAGGUACUAGCUCUAGACCAAUUUACACUUGCAUCUUCCCAUUCUUUAGACAAGCCUCUGAGCACGCAUCCUACUCUUUUAUAAAUAAAGUGUGCAAUACUUACACAGCUCAUAACUGAAUUUAGUAUUAUUAAAAAAAAAAUACCAAAAAGAAAAGAAAAGAAAAUCAGUGCAGAGAAGUGCAUAUUCAAGCACGAAAAGCUUAUAAUAAUCAUCUCAACUCAAAGGUGUUCAAAAUUUCAAGCACGAAAUAAGUGUACUGAAGCUUUUUACUCAAAAGUGUGACUGUGGAUGUUGACCAGUCCCAUGUAUUAUAUUGUUAUGGGUACCAUACAAACAAAAAUUCUUGUUGCAACCGGGUGGGGAAACUCCUGUGUAACCGGCGUCCACGUGGAAAAAUGAAAUUGUGCGUUUCAUUUACACCAAAGUUCCAACGAUUGCGUUCCAUCAUUUCUACCCUUCCCUCCCUCCCGAAGAACUGCUUCCUUCGUCUUCCCACAUAAGAACACCAAUGACCUUGGUUCAAAAUUAAGAACUAGGAAAUAAAGAAACCCUAUUAAAAAAAAACCAGGAAAUGAAGAAACCCCAUUAAAAAAAAAAAUCCAAGAAAUGAAGA